AGUGCUGGUCCUCCAGCUAGAAAUUGGUCUUUAGCUGUUCAAAGCACAUUCUGGACUGUUUCUAAUACUGACCCUAGUCUGUUCCUUACAGAGGCUUUCAGGAUUUUAAAGGAAUCUUCAAGAUGAAUACCACAGCAAUGAGCCCGCUCACCGUUACUCCCUUGGGUUUUGUUCCAGACUUAAAAAAUGUCACCCUUGUGCCUUUCAAUGAGACCGCAUGUGAAAACUGGAGAGAGAUUCAUCAUCUCGUUUUCCAUGUGGCCAAUAUUUGCUUUGCAGUUGGACUCGUUAUUCCGACAACUCUGAAUCUUCAUAUGAUUUUUCUACGAGCCCUGCUGACCAUAGGAUGUGCAUUGUUCAUCAUUUGGGCUACGCUCUACCGCUGUGCCUUGGACAUAAUGAUCUGGAAUUCUGUGUUUCUGGUUGUCAACCUCUUGCAUUUUAUAUAUCUACUGUAUAAGAGAAGACCGAUCAAGAUAGAGAAGGAGCUUAGCAGUCUCUACAAGCGAAUGUUUGAACCACUGCAUGUGCCUCCAGAGCUGUUCCAAAGAUUAACUGGACAAUUCUGCAAUAUUCAGACUUUAAAGACAGGUCAAGCUUAUGCUGCAGAGGAUAAAACAUCAGUUGAUGAUAGACUAAGCAUCCUACUGAAGGGGAAAAUGAAGGUCUCUUAUCGAGGGCAUUUUCUGCAUAAUAUUUACCCCUGUGCCUUUAUAGAUUCUCCCGAAUUUCGAUCAACUCAGAUGAAUCGGGGUGAGAAAUUCCAGGUCACCAUUAUUGCAGAUGAUAACUGCAAGUUCCUGUGCUGGUCCAGGGAAAGGCUGACUUAUUUUCUGGAAUCUGAGCCAUUUCUUUAUGAGAUCUUUAAGUAUCUUAUUGGCAAGGAUAUUACAAAUAAACUCUACUCGUUGAAUGACCCGACCUUAAAUGACAAGGCCUCCAAAAAGAUUGAUCGGCAGCCUAGUCUUUGCUCCCAGCUCUCCGUGAUGCAGAUGAGAAACAGCAUGGCCAGCACCAGCGACAGUGAGGACGGCUUGCAGAUGUUCCUGCGUGGGACCUCCUCUGCAUCCUCUCUUCGAAAUAACCAACAAGAGUUCUAUAAUGCUUACGGAGUGAGUCAUUUGCAGCAUGAUGUUUUCUGUUGAUAACAUCACAUUAACUCAGCAAGCAUCCUCAAAAAGGUAUUAAAGUGGGAUUUAUUUAUCACGUGGUACUUGUGCUUGACGUAUGUGCUCCAUCUCUAUGUAACUUAUUAAUAAAUGAAAUCAAUGUGUCUCUUUUUCCGAAAUGUGAGUUGAGUAGGAAUAGUCGAACUCAUUCAGAAGGGUAGCUACAGCUUUCAGUUCUUACUGGAAAUGUUUUAAUAUUAGUUUCUGCACUAUCAUUCU